AUGCAGCAAAAGCGCACGUGGCAGGUGGAGAGUUACAACAAUGCGUGUUCUGCAGUCAAGGAAAGUCGAACAGAUGCUCGAUUGGCCUCUUUUGGGGGCGUUGCUUGCGGCGAUCAACCUGCGGCGAUCGCCCCCUCUAGUCCCAUGGCUUUUGGUGCAUCAGGAGACUGCAGCCUGCAGCAGCUGCCUUCGGACGAAGCCCAUGAAACACUUGCAGAAGCUGUGGAGACAAGACGCGUGCCUUUGGAUGUAUUUUCUUCAGACCGUGGCGCAUCUGCUGCUGCAGCUGCGUGUGCCGUUUCCUCAGCAGCUGCUGCUGCAGCUGCUGAGGAAACGGCACACGCCUCGCGCUUAAAGCAACAACAAUGCGCGGCAACAGCAAAUUCCAACGCAGCAGCACCACAGGAAGACGUUGCACAAAACGAUACUAGAUACUCUGCAGAAGGAGGCCGUUCACUCUUGGUAGAUUUGUUGCUGUGUCUCUGCAGCCCGAGCCAAGUCGAGCCGACAGUAGCAACCAGGGAGCCUCAAGCCGAUGCAGCAGCAGCAGCAGCAAAUGCAGCUGGCUCAUCUGUUGGCCGCAUUGUGGAGUGCGUGGAAGUAGCGGAUCCACAGCACCCUUUAAGGCUCGGAACGCCAUGCAACGAAACUGCUUACGCUAGUCGACUCCGCGAGGGCUCCCAACCUAUCCCUGCAUCUCACAAGGUGCCAGUGGUGUUGGGCCAAAUUUCUGGGCGGGUGGAGCUGAGCUCAAGGGUGGCCUUUGAGGACCGGUAUUCAGCUCGUUUUGGGCUCUCUUUCGCGCCUGAGGCGAUCGUUUCACAACGGGAGGCGGAGUUUCAGCUCCUGCAUCAGCAGUGCGACACUUCGAGGUCCCUCGGCUUGAUGCCCCCACACCCCUCGCUUUUCAACAAAACUGCGAGCAGUAUUGCCGUCAACGCCGGCGACUUUCUCUUCGCUGAUUUGGGCCCCCGACUCUUCACGCGACUGAGACAGCGCCUUUGGCACCAGGCGGCGUUGCGACUUGUUGAAGCAGGGCCUCGUGCAGCCCACCACAUAAGGGAAGCGAGUUGCAUGCAGUGUGGCCUAGAGGCCGUUCAGGGAGAGGACCUUUCUGCGUCCCUUUAUGCGCGCACCAACAAAGCCCAGGCCCAUCAGGAACACCAGCAACUGAAGCCGCAGCAGCAACAACUUGAGCAACGUCAGCAAGUAGAUCAGCUACUGCACCAACUAAAUAGCAGUGAAAGUCCUCAGCUUGAAAACCGAACUGAGCAUCACCCGACGACUUGGCCAAUACUCUCGGCUUUUGAUGCUGCCUCGGGCGUCUCUGCAUUUACCUCCUCCGAUUGUUUAGCCGCAUUUCUGCUCUCUGUCCUCGCAUGCGGUGAUACACCAAACGGCCCAUUUUCGGCAGCAGCCGCUGCUGCCGCUACUGCUGCUGCCGGUGGGAAAGCGAGGUUUCCGGGUGAAGGCAUCACGAAUAAAACAACUCUCAACAGCCCAAGCGCUGAUGGCUCUCCUGUGCGGUUGUCCUAUGUCAGUCAACAGCGGAGAGCAGCGCAGUUGGCUGGGCUGGAUGAGGAGGACUUUGAUGCCCUGGCUGCGGCCUUGCGACCCUGUGCCAACUGUUACAGAAGCGUCGUGCUGCAACAGCACCAUCGAUGCCUGCAGCAGCUCCAGCAGCUGAAGCAGCAGCUCGUCCGGCAGUUGAAAUGGCUCAGGACGUCUAUGGAGCGCCAGCAGCAGCAUCACAUGAACGAGCAAGCAACUUUCAUUAGAGAGAGGCUUUCACUUCAGCAGGCAGCCAGCUCUUUCUCGCCUCUCCCGACGAGGCAACUGCAGCAGCUGCUGCAGCAGCAAAAGUACGACAGGGAGAAAGUCUACCGGGAGCAGCAGCGACUGCAGCAGCUGCAUGAUCUGCUUGCCUUAAUAUUAUGUACGCUGGAAAAACCAAAAAUGUGCCAAGGCAAGGCAGCAGGAGAGAUGCAUUUGCUGCCGAAGCAGCAGCAACCGCAGCACACGGGACAGACCCAGCUGGCUGAACCCCAUCAGCAAGUGCUGCAGAUGAUGCAGAAAUCGCUUCAAGCUGCAGACGUCCAGAGAACAUGCAGCCCUUCACUGCUGCAUCGGUUGGUACAGGAGAUUCAAGAAGGUGCGUUGUCUGCUGAGAACAGUAGCGCGAGAAACGGCAACAGCACCAGCAUCACCAACGCGACUGCGGCCUCCUCGACGUCGGAGAGCACAAGCCUGCCACUGCUGUCUCUCUCAGACCCUGUAUCCAACGCUGCGGGCCAAGUGGAAGCAACAGCAGGUGCAGCGAUUGCAGGCAGCAGCAGAUGGCUUGCUGCGUUGGCUCAGCAAGCACCUCCCGCCGCAUUUGUUGCUGCUUCGGCUUUUGCAGGGAGCAGCCUCUCAGCGGGUUUAGCCCUAGCUUCUCUGAGGUGCCGUCUCCUUUCAGGACAUGCUGCAGGAGCAUCGGAAGGCCUUCAUUCCGCUGCUGCACAAUCAGCCAAGACUUGGGGACAGAUCAGCCAAGUGCUGCUGAGAGCGUGCGGCAGGCGUCACCAACUGCUGCGAGCUGCCUCAGCCCUGCUUCAGAGGGAGCCGCAGCUCCUUUCCUCCCUGCAGGACAGCUCAGAAGGCAGCCCCUCUCUCCCCGUAACUGGCCAAGCAGAACAGCAGCAACAACAAAAGAAAGAACAUUUUCAGCCUUAUCAGCCGGAGGAAAUGCAGCCCCAGCAGCAGCAGCAGCAGCAAAUGCAAGGACAGCAGAUGCAGCAGCAGCCGUGCGGCAGCAAUGGAGAUAUCGACUCCUCUAGCCAGUACGUUUCAGUGGGAACACAGCCGCAGAGGAUAGUGCAAUCGCGCAUGCAGCAGCAGCAGGUCCUACACCUUCAGGGGCAGCAGCAACACUUGCUGCAGUACGAGCAGCAGCUCUUUCAAGUAGCGCUACAGGCGAACCAGCGGCUGGAACAGCCCCUGCAGAAACUACCCUUGCAGAAUCCAGCACUGCAAAUGCAGAAUUUGCAGCAAGGAGUCUCGGAACAGAACCUACAGCAGCAGGCAAUGCAGUGGGGGAAGCAGCAUACGCUCCCCCACCUUCAGCCUUCCCAGCUUCAACCGCUACAACUGCACCAGCAACUGCAGCAACGGGUACCUCUACCACUCCAUGUCCCGGCUCUGUAUCCCGUCCUAUUGCCUCAGCAUAUGCAGCAGCAGCAGCACCAGCACUUGCAGCAACAACGAUUGCAGCGUCUGGAGCAGGCGCAUCUCCAGCCGUUACAACAGCAGCAACUGCAGCAUUUACAUCACCUGCAGAAAGUACAGCUGCGGCAGCAGCCUGACCUCGGAAUCGCUAACGAAACAUCCCAGGGAGCAGGGGAAUUCAGGGGGGCUCUUGAAGAAGGCCAGAUGCACCAAACGCAGCUGCAGCAGCAGCUGCAGUUACAGCAGCAGCUGCACGCACAGCAACAACUGCUGCAUGUGCAACAACUGCACCUGCAGCAAGAUCUACGGCUUCAAGGUUUUCAAGAGCAAUCGACGCAGCAACUGAGACAGCAGCAACACGAAAUGCAGCAAACUGAGCUGCGGCAGAGAUACUUGCAGCAGAAGGAGUCGCAGCAGAAAGAGCCUCUCCGACAACAUCUGGACCAGUGCGCAGUGCAUGAGCAGUGCCUGCAGCACGAUGCGACUCGCAUACAGCACGAACAAGAGGAGUCUCAGCAGCAAGAACCGGAUGAGAAGCAGCGUCGUCGCUACAGCCAGAGGCAGCAGAGGCAGAGAUGGCAGCUGCUGCAACAGCGGAGCCUCAGGCGCGAAAGAGUGCGUUACGGGAGCAGGAGCUUCGUUGACAGGAUGCUGAAGAAGCGGAACUUUGUGUCUGCUGGUGUUGUUGAGGAUCGUUCUGCUAAAGAGACCACCCGAUGCAAAGCAAGCCCGGAAGUGGAAGAGAGAAGUGAGCCCGGGGCCGCAGCAGCAGCAGAAACAGCAAUUUGCGCUAGUCUAGCUGCUUCGGAACCUGAAGCAAUAGAUGAUGCUGCAGCAACAGUUCUAAAUGGGCUGACUGAAGCACAGGAGCGGCAAAGCCUAGCGAAGCAGAGGCUGAAGGAAGCGAGGAGGAUGCGAGCGUUGAGGUGUAUGUUGGCCCAGAAAUCCGAGAACCAUGCAGCGACGAUUGUCGCCACUGCUGCACGGACGCCUCAUGGCGUCGCUGCUGUUUUCCGCAGUAGGGUAUCCGGAUUGAAAGCCAACAAGGAAACGGCAGUAGCCCGGGCUCGGUCUGUUGUUGCUGCCUCGAGACAAAGGGCGGCAGCAGCUGUUGCCGCAGAAGAAACUGCGGUGCAGGAGCUGGCUGCCGCGAAUGCCGCGGUUACAGCAGCGGAGGCAGGUGCAACGGCAGCAACAGCAGCAGAAGCUGACGAGAAAGCCUGGUCACUGACCAUUUCUCCUGCACGCAGCAAAGAGCUGCUGCAGAGCGAAAGCCCCUCAACGCAGUGUAGAUCCCACAAGGCAGCAGAUUCCGCAGCAGCAGUCGAAACUGCGGGAGCACCAGAUAUUGAGAUCGAUGAAAUGCAGGGGGUCACUGGGACUGCAGCAAUUCAACGAGAAACAGGAGGUCCAGCAGCGGCAACUUCGCCGACCGCAGGAUCCGCGCUGAACCGGGGAUAUGGCAUGGAGGCAAAAGCAGCAAUACUACAGGAGGCAGACGCACCAGUGUCCGUCCGAAUGCUAACAGAUACGCAAAGACAAUCAGCAGUAUCAGACGAAAGUAAUGCUACUACAUCACUUGACGCAAAGAUCGCAACGGCAUCAGCUGAAGCUGAAGGUGCUGCCGCUGCCGCUGCUGCGCUGCUAGAUAGUGCCAUUUCAGCGCCGGAAGUCGCAGCAGCAGCUGCUGCUGCAGCAACAACCAAUGUACUGCUCCUGUCUUCAAGUGUUCAUCCAGAGUCAUCAGCGAAUCCAGAGUUUGGAGGAGGAUCUGACGGGCUGCUUGUAGCGGCAGCAGCAGCAGCAGCAGCGAUGGCAGCAAGGAAUGCUAGGAGAAGACUGCCCGUAAGGCUGACAAAUAGGCGGCGGCGCAUAUUUGCAUACUGCUGCCGGGAAACUCUAGGCGAGGCCUGUACCUGCACCCUUUGCAGCAACUGCAAAAAGGAAUCCGUUGCAAAGCCUGCAGCAGCUGCCGCCUCUGGUACAGCUGCAGCUCCUGCUGCGGCUGCACUGGCGACACGCUGCAACAAGAGGGACGAGGGGCUUCAGCAGUCGCAGCAGAUUCAGAUAUCUCUCAGACCAAGGCGAGGAAGAAGUGCUGCUGCUGCCGCCGUGGAUGCAGCGUCCAGCAGCAGCAGCAGCAGCGGCAGCAGUAGAAGGAAACUGCGAAUAGGGAGGGGCAUCCGAACGAGGGAGAGAAGACGCAACGGAAACUUCUCUUCUCCUAGCAAUGACGAAUGCAGCAGUGUCAGCGUAUACUGCAGUAGCGGAAGUGAUUGGGAAGGCUCCAUCAAUCGGCGGAAGAGCCAGCCACAAUGCAGAAGGCAACAGGCUGCAUCACUAGCUGCAUCAGCUGCUGCACCAGCUGCUGCUGCAGCAGCUUUGUGUCGGGCUGAAGCAGUUACUAUCAGCGGUAGAACAAACUCCGGAGCGGUUCACGCUGAGCAAAGGCAGCAUACAGUGUCUCUGCAAAGGCAGCAUACAGUGUCUCUCACUCCAGCUGUUGACGGUUUGCACGACAGCAAAAGCAGCGUUUCGAACGCUGCUGCAUAUACUUCGAGAAGCACUCGCAGCGGCCUCAGGAGUGCCCGCCGCGUCAGCAGCAGCGGCCACCACUGCCCAGCAGCUAAUGCCACCCACGAAGAGCCAAGGCUACUCCCACAAAAGGUAGAAAGCCCCAGCCGGCACUGUGGAUCCAGCAAUCAGCAUCAAAAGCCACAAACGGCGUCCCCACGCAGCAGCUGCCGUGUUCUGCGCAGCCGUAUUAGACACCCGGAAGCUGCAGCAGCAGUUAGAGAAACCGAGGCAGCUCUGUCGCUGAGCCUUAUAAAGGAGAGCCCCCUCCCAGCUGAAGCACCAUUCUGUGGGGCUCCUCCUGCAACGGUAGGGGUGGAUGAACCCGGGCUGCCCGCUUCUCCCGAUACACUGUCCAUGGAACCAGCGGAUGCUGAAGAAGCUGCUCCUGACUGUCCCUCCAACUGCCGUCGCAGCAACAGCAGCGCCAGAGAGUCCAAUGGUUGCCCAGAGCACUCCGAAAUACCCUCCGUGGGUGGCUGCGCUGGCACGCCCUUCAUGAAAAGGUCAGUGCAAUUGACUUCUUUGCCGCACAAAGAAUACAAACAGGAAGGAGAUUGUGAGGAAGAGGAGCUGCGCGAGCAGCAGCGACGACGUCAGCGACUGCCCCUAGCAGCCAGUAGCCGUAACUUGCGAGGAAACUAUGAGGAAACCGGAAGACGCACCUCAGUUGCAGAAUCGGAUUCAAGAACCGUCGGAAGCAGCGGGGCAACGACUGGACCCGCUGCAGAAUCAUGGAAUAUCAAUCAGGAAGAUCAAGAGUGCGCCCACCAGCAUCGCGAGAGCGAUGCCUCAGCACUGCCGCUUGAAACGGCCCCACUGAUUCUCGAAGACUUCAGAGAGUUGCUGGUGUCCUCACUAUGCCGGGCGAAGCAACAAGACGAUAAGAACCAACCUCAGACACGAAGGGUGACAGCAGCGGCCAUACUCGCUGCCUCUAGCAACAGCAAAAGCAAUAGCAGCACGUACAAUACGCCGAGCAAAUCAUCGCACGAUGCAUGCAACCGAAAGUUCCGUUCUGUACGCUCUGCUGCUGCUGCAGUGGCGGCUGCAACAGCAGCCCGACUCCAGGCGCAAAGCGCGGGGAGCCCAGAAGACUUUAAAGAAGACGUCGAAGCAGCAGCAGCCGAAAUAGCGAAAAAUAUCAGCUGGAACGAGAAGCGACGCAGCUACGCAGCAAAGAUCAGGGGAGUGUCACAGCCUGUCUGGUUUGCUGCCAAGAGGAGGGGCGUCCCACAGGCUCUUCAAGCUGCGGCAGACCUCCUCAUCGGAGAGGUACAUCGGCGCAGGCCAACGCAGUUGGGUGGACUAUAG